AUGAGUCUGGAGGAACUGGUGCUGACGGGCGUCUACGUGGCAGGCGCCGUGUGUAUCGUCCUGCUCACUUUGAGCAUCAGUUGGCUCGUAGUGUGGAAGUGUGUGCUGUCCAAGAUGCCCUUCGUCCAGGAGCUCUUCGACCUGACGCCCGAGAACCCGUCGGCUGUCGACGUCGUCAAGUCCAUCUCGUUCCAAGACCGGUAUCAAACUUACAAACGGAAGCGGCAUGCAGCGCGAAUUCGCUAG